AUGGUUGAGGAUAAAGUUCCUUAUUUAUAUGGUGAUAACUACAAAUCCUGGAGGGAGGCUAUCCUUCUUCAUUUAGGGUGCAUUGAUCUUGACUAUGCUCUUUGUAAGGAAAAGCCCCCUACACCUACGGAUAGUAGCACUCAGGUUGAGAUUGCUUUGUAUGAAGGGUGGGAGCGAUCCAACUGUUUAAGCAUGAUGUUUAUCAAAUCUCACAUUAUGAGUAGUAUUGGUAAGUCAAUACCAAAGUGUGAGAAUGUCAAGGAUCUAAUGGAUGCAAUUCAUGCUCAGUUUGAAACAUCAGAUAAGGCAUUUGGCAGCAUCCUAAUAAGUAGAUUGACAUCCAUGAAGCUCAAUGAUAUUAAUGGAGUUCGUGAGCACAUUAUGAAAAUGAGGGACAUCGUUGCUCAGUGGAAAUCCCUUUAG